CUUUGGCUCGCUGGUGCUGGAGAACGACAAAAAUGGUACUUUGUCUCGUUUCAUCUUUCUGCUCCCUCACAGUGGUGUGGUGUCACAGUUUCAUUGAUUUUCACUCGAAUCCUCUUUGUUCGAAGCUGAAGUCAAAAUGACUGCAUCUGCAUCUGUAGCUUCGUACAGACUCGUCUUCAGCUUCUGUCCCAGUAAUACUUCUCGCUUUAGAUCCCUCAAAGCCUUUUCCUCUCCCCUAUUCCCCAAGUCAGCUCCACCAUAUUUCCUUGGUGGGUUUAUCUCAAAAAGACCCGUUUCUGAGAGGAAUCCGGUUUUGCUACAAGAAAGGAUGAUAGAAAUGGUUAGAACUUCUGCUCAUGGAACGAGUGAUGGUGAUGAUGAGGGUGAUGGGAUAAUGGAAAGAGAAGCUGUCUUGGGUAACGUGUCAUCUUCGUUUUGUCCGGAUAUUGUUUCUGGGGGACUGGAUACGACUCUCAAUCGAUUGAGCAAGUGGCUAGUCACUGCCAUUUUUGGUGUUGUCAUCCUUGUUAGGCAUGAUGCUGAAGCCCUGUGGGCUGCAAUGGGGAGUAUUGUAAAUGUCUUGAUCUCUGUUAUUCUGAAGCGAAUUCUCAACCAAAAGCGACCCAUUUCCACGUUGAAGUCUGACCCUGGGAUGCCAUCUUCACAUGCACAGUCUAUCUUCUUUGCCGCCAUUUUUAUAAUUCUAUCACUGGUUGAAUGGCUGGGGAUCAAUGAAGUCUCCGUAAUUGUUGGAACACUUAUAUUGGCUUGUGGCUCAUACCUUUCAUGGAUUCGUGUGUCUCAACAAUAUCAUACCAUCAAUCAAGUUCUUGUAGGUGCCGUCUUGGGGUGUAUUUGCUCCAUCUUGUGGUUUUGGUCAUGGGAUAAAAUUAUUCUCAAAGCAUUUAUUUCUCUGUUGUGGGUUCGGGUGGUUGUUGUACUUGUGGGUUCUGGAUGUUGUUUGGCCUUCUUUAUAUAUAUAGUUCGAUACUGGCUUACAGAAGAACAGUGAUAUUGUUUAUAUGAUUCAAAAACUGUAAAUUGAUAUUUGUCACCACCAUCUCGGUGUUGAUAUUUCCAGGA